UGUGUCUCUCUCUCUAUGUCUGUCUCUCUCUGUCUCUCUCUGUCUCUCUCUCUGUCUCUCUCUCUGUCUGUCUCUCUCUCUCUCUCUCUCUCUCUCUGUCUCUCUCUCUCUCUCUCUCUCUCUCUCUCUCUCUCUCCUCUCUCUCUCUCUCUGUCUGUCUCUCUCUCUCUCUCUCUGUCUCUCUCUCUCUGUCUCUCUCUCUCUCUCUCUCUCUCUCUCUCUCCUCUCUCUCUCUCUCUCUGUCUGUCUGUCUCUCUCUGUCUCUCUCUCUCUCUCAGGUCUCAGAGGAGCAGUCUGUGGUUAGUGGACUCUUCAGGACAGAUCUCAGAUCAGAUUCCUUUGAACCCGUCAGAUUUCUGUCCAUACAGCGCCACAGGAAGUACCACGGGGGACGUGGUCUACGCAAACUACGGCCGCCCUCAGGAUUUUAAUUGGCUAAAGAGCGCGGGGGUGUCUGUGGUUGGCUGCGUGGUAGUGAUGCGUGUUGGGGGCGGGGUCAGUUUUGCUGAGAAGGUUUGGUUGGCUGAGAGAAACGGAGCGAGUGGAGCUUUGAUCUAUCCAGACCCUGCUGACCUGCCGCAGGACCCUCGACGCCUCGGACUGAACACACACACCGCUGUGUCCGAACAUGUCCACCUGGGAUCAGGAGACCCCUUCACCCCCGGCUUUCCCUCCUUCAACCACACUCAGUUCCCGCCCAUCCAGUCCUCCGGUCUGCCCCUCAUCCCAGCUCUGCCAAUCAGUGCCACCAUAGCUGCAAAGCUGCUCAGUCAGCUGACAGGACCGCCCUGUCCUCCGUCUUGGCGUGGCCGGCUGCCGUAUGUACGCUGCGUGGUCGGUCCACGGUUCAGCUCGGGACGCAGAGUCAAGAUGGCGGUCCACAACAUGAUGACGCCCGUCCUGCUCAACAACGUCUUCUCCUCCCUGGAGGGCAGAGUGGAGCCAGACCAGUACAUCAUCCUGGGAGCUCAGAGGGACUCGCUCGGCCCAGGAGCCGUAAAGUCCGGGGUCGGUACGGCGAUGCUCCUGGAGCUGGCUCGCACCUUCUCCUCCAUGGUGAAGAACGGUUUCAGUCCCAGACGGAGUUUGCUGUUCGUCAGUUGGGAUGCCGGUGAUUUUGGGAACGUGGGAGCGACUGAGUGGCUGGAGGGUUACCUGUCCAUGCUUCACCUGAAGGCUGUGGCCUACUUCAGUCUGGACCAGGCCAUUAUGGGCGACAAUGUCCUGUCCGCCUACAGCAGUCCUCUUCUGCUCGACCUGGUUGAUGCUGCUAUCAGACAGGUGGAGCAUCCUAAACAUGCAGGUCAGACCAUCUACAGCCAGGCAGAGAGAGAAGGAGGCAGCUGGAGGAUCAUGAAGCCUCUGUACCUGAACAGUGGAGCGUACAGCUUCACAGCAUUCGCAGGAGUACCUGCUGUCGAGCUUCGAUUCACCAAGGAGCGAGCGUACCCAUUUAUAAACACGCCGUUUGACAGCGCCUCCCGCCUCCAGGAAGUACUAGGGGGUCGUCUGGGGGUCACAGGGCGACGCUUGGGGGAGCUGGUGGGGGAGAUGGUUCUGCGAUUGGCUCACGACCACAUCUUACCGCUACGCAUCACUUCCUACGCACAGACAGUGCUGCAGUUCAGCGCUCAGCUCAACAGACACUCUGCAGAGCUGCAGGCCAGAGGUUUGUCUCCUCAGUGGGUGUUCAGUGCCAGAGGGGAUUACAGCCGAGCAGCCGAGACGCUGCAAAGAGCCAUCGACUACAGCGACAUGCACGACCAGACCACCGCCCGCUCCUACAACACCCGCAUCAUGAGGGUACAAACACAGCUACAACACCUGUAUCAUGAGGGUGGAAUACUACUUCCUGUCUCAGUACGUCUCUGCGGUGGAGACGCCCUUCCGUCACGUGAUCCAUGGCCGUGGUGAUCACACCCUGAGUGCGCUCGUCGAGCACCUGGCCCUGCUGACCUCUGACCCCGAACGCUUUGACGAGAAGCGCUUCAGACGACAGCUCGCCUUCUUCGUCUGGACACUGCAGGGCGCCGCCAACGCCCUGAACGGAGACGUGUGGAGCAUCCACAACACACACACGUACACACAGUGACACAGUACACCAUUUCUAAUAAUAAAAACAAUAAUAAUGCUGA